AUGUUUGAGUUCCGCGCGGCAGAUUUGGCUGUCGAGACGGGACCUGUACUAGCCUCCAAGGCCGGUGCUUUUACGACCGCUUUCGAGUUCACCGACGAACAGGCCACCACCCCCACCGCCGCCUCUCGCCAUCGCGGCCGGGAAUCUAGCGUCUCUCACCAUUCAGAUCGGCUGAGUGCCUCUCCUAUCAAACAGAAAAUGGCUACGGGUUAUGCAGUCAGCCCCGAGCCGCCCGCGCUGUUCGUGCGGGCCAUGUACGAUUACGAUGCCGACGACCAUACGAGCUUGAGCUUUCGCCGUGGAGAUAUCAUCCAGGUCCUCAACCAGCUGGAAACUGGGUGGUGGGAUGGAGUUAUCGAUAACACCCGCGGUUGGUUUCCGAGUAACUACUGCACGAUCAUCACUGAGGCCGACGAUUUUGGUGAGCACAUGACGCACCUCCACGAAGAUACGGAACUGAGCGCAGAAUCCGGGCUCGAGGAUGACUACGGCAAUGGACAUGAAGAGGACGAGGAGCUGGACUCUGAAGGCAACCCGCGCGACUCGCAGCCCAUCUUACCUAUCGAGGGUAUUCCCGCCCCAAAGGAGCAGGAAGAGGCGGCGUUUUGGAUACCCCAGGCGACUCCCGAUGGUCGCCUGUUCUAUUUCAAUACACUCACAGGAUACUCCACUAUGGAACUACCAUUUGAGAAUCCAGCGACAAAUGAGGUUGGGCCCCGGGACCGGACGAAUUUCUUCGUCCCCGAUCAGACUCGGCCGCCCCCUGAGCUGAUGGCUCGUGGGUUUGAGCGAGAUGAGGAUGAUUAUGAUGGUUCGGCAUCGGAGGCGGAAGGGGAGUCCUUGAUGCUGGCUUCUCAAGACUCCAUGUCUCGUCGUCGCCAGUCUUUCAUGGAUGGCGUGUCGCCCGCGACUUCGAUGGAUUCUCUCUACCCACCUGCCACUAAAGACCUCAAGCAACAACCGUCGCUGAAGAGCCAGGCAUCCUACAACAGUGGAGCACCGACGAGUGCUAACACCUCUAUUGCCGAAAGCUUCUCUCGACCUUCCAUCUCAUCCGGUACUCCCCAACACUUCGUGGAUGACGGCCUGACAGCUCCCGUGACAUGGCCCUUGCUUGUUGAUAACAUGCGUUAUGCCGUGGAGGCUUACCGCCAAGCCCUCUUCGCUCGCGACCGAUCCGAAUACGUGAGAAGGGCCGAGGACAUUUCUGACCAUCUACGCAUGCUUCUGGCUGCUGGAUCUGACACGACGGAUAAUCAUUCGGGAAAUCCGUCUAUCAUCUCCACAAACAAGGCUUUGUACCCUUACUUUAGGGAUAUGAUGUCAAAGUUCUCUAAAUUGGUCCUUUCGUCACAUAUCGCGGCUGCUGAUUGGCCGGGUUCCGAUUCGGUCAAUAAAUGUCUGCAGGAGGCAGAUGGCGUCAUGCAAGGAGUGUACGGCUAUGUGGACGUCGCGCGACAGCAACGCGGGGACGGCAUUAACCGUAUCGUCCCUGGUUUCGUCGGUGGCAGCUCAUGUGGUGGUAGCUGGCAGAACAACGGUGUCUCGCUCAAUGCAUCUGGCCCGACAUCGUUCCUUGUCCCCGAGGGUGGUGAUUCGCGCACGGAGCCUUCGGUCUCUCUCGACUCGGCUCUCUUGGACCACAUUGAUGUUCAGAGGAGAUCAUUCGUUGGGAGCAUUCGUCGGUUGGAAGAACGCUUGUCCCUCGAUCGCAAGAUUGUUACUGUUGCUGAACAUGGCGAAAUCGCGGACGCUAUUUCGGCUGCCGCGAUCAAGGUCGUUGAGCAGUUCCGUCCUUGGAUUUCGACUGUUGAGUCUAUAAAUCUCGUUCCUCUGGGAACCAGCUUCCAGAACCCUCAACUGGUUGAUUUCAGUCUGCAAAAGCAGCGCGUCUAUGAUGGCAUCGGUGAUUUCAUCCUCAGCUGCCAAGCAGUCUCUGCCCCUCUGGCCGAUGAAUGGGCGGAGCUUCGUGGCGAUUCCCUUGAUGAUAGGAUCACUGCUGUUCGCAGCGUGGCCAAGCAGCUGGAGAAUUUCGUUUCGCAGAUCGGCUUUUCACUGUCCCUGCUUCUUGAACAGAUUCCUGAAGACCAAGCAGCCUCGCUUCGCAGCGAAAGUCGUUUGGACGAGGAGGAUGAGUCGCUCAACAAGGGCGCUCACGCUCGCAGCGAAUCCCAAGCUAAGAUUGCGAAUGAGUCCAUUGGCAUUCCUUCCUCAUACGCGCUUGGCCCCGACAAGGUGCGCCGUAACAUGGACAAGGCCCAGCGAUUCUUCGGUCAGGCACCUCCUACCACUGUGACUCGGGAACCGCCUGUCCGAGAACCCGUUCGAGAACCAGAGGAGACUCCUUGGUUCCUGAAGAUGGAUCACGAGGGCGAGGUGUUCUACGAUACGAAAGCAGACGUGCCAAUCCUCAAGUGCGGAACACUUGCUGGCUUGGUUGAGCAUCUCACGCGCCACGACAAGCUUGAUGCAUCCUUUAACAAUACUUUCCUCCUCACCUACCGCUCCUUCACCACUGCCUCUGAACUUUUCGAGAUGCUUGUUCAACGCUUUAACAUCCUGCCUCCCUUUGGUCUGAACGCGGACGACCUGCAGAUGUGGACCGAUCGGAAGCAGAAGCCAAUUCGCUUCCGUGUGGUCAACAUCCUCAAGAGUUGGUUCGACCACUUCUGGAUGGAGUCCAACGACGAAGUGAACAUGGAUCUAUUGCGACGUGUGCACGCGUUUACCAAAGAUUCUAUUGCCACUACUAAGACGCCAGGAGCUCCUACCCUUCUUGCUGUUAUUGAACAGCGACUCCGGGGCCAGGACAUCUCUGUGAAGCGCCUGGUACCUACCCAGAACACAGCUGCGCCCCCGCCAAUCAUCCCGAAGAACAUGAAGAAGCUGAAGUUCCUUGAUAUCGAUCCCAUGGAGUUUGCUCGGCAGCUGACCAUCAUUGAGUCGCGCCUCUACUCCAAGAUUCGGCCUACGGAGUGUCUGAACAAGACCUGGCAGAAGAAGGUUGGCCCCGAUGAGCCGGAGCCCGCUUCUAAUGUCAAGGCUCUAAUUCUGCACUCCAACCAGCUGACCAACUGGGUUGCGGAAAUGAUCCUGACGCAGGGUGAUGUUAAGAAGCGUGUGGUGGUGAUCAAGCACUUUGUUAACGUUGCCGAUAAAUGUCGCGCUCUCAACAACUACUCUACCCUCACCUCCAUCAUUUCCGCUCUUGGAACUGCCCCCAUCCACCGUCUCGGUCGGACAUGGGGUCAGGUCAGUGGCCGUACUUCUGCCAUUUUGGAGCAGAUGCGCCGGCUUAUGGCUAGUACGAAGAACUUCGGCGAGUACCGUGAGACUCUGCAUCUUGCCAAUCCUCCUUGCAUUCCAUUCUUUGGUGUUUACCUUACGGAUCUAACCUUCAUCGAGGACGGUAUUCCCUCGCUUACCCCGUCGGAAUUGAUUAACUUCAAUAAGCGCGCCAAGACCGCAGAGGUUAUCCGAGAUAUCCAGCAGUAUCAGAACGUUCCGUAUCUCCUCCAACCAGUUCCGGAGCUCCAGGAUUACAUCCUCAGCAACCUGCAGGCCUCGGGUGAUGUUCACGACAUGUACGACCGAAGUCUCGAGAUCGAGCCACGAGAACGAGAAGACGAAAAGAUUGCAAGGUAUGCCGAACAAGCGAGCAGAGACAAGAACUCUCUGCUUUUUGCAAGCACCGUCGCGAUUCUGCGGUGA